UAAGUCCGCGCGGCCGCGGUCCUUGAAAUUCUUGUGAAACACCGAAACCUUAGAAGGCAGGGAAAGUGACCUCAGAGUCCCAUUUAUAUGGCUUAUUAGUCGGCCUGUGAUGCCUUAUCUUCAAAUUAUGAUCAAAUCUUCAUUCCUGACCACAAUUCAUGACCGGGAGGGUACCAUUUUCAUCAGGACGCUCAACUACCCUGUCACAUCUCCGGAAGUUAUUCAUAUGUACCAGGAACGGAGUCCCGUUAGUGCCAGUAGACAAAAGUUGGGCUAGGGCGACGCAUGGCCCUUUACAACAUGUUUCCAAAAAGAAUCGAGACCCCUACAACCUGAGCCGUUCGCAGGGCAUUUUCCUCAACAAGCAAGACAACGCAGUUAUCUUUCCGAUAUUGGGCGCGCCUGUUAUACCACAUCUAUAUUUGAGUCGCCAUGGUGGUUCGAAGGAUUGCGAACCCUCCAAUCUAUCCCAUCGAUCGAGCCAAUACUUGUGUGCAGGUUCGGGGCAAAAGGCUACUACAUCUAGCACUUUCGAUCCACAUCUCCUAGGCACCACGCCUGCCAGCCAUCCUCCAACUCUCGAAAGAGGCCACAUCAGCCCGGUGGCCGGCCACUUUGUAGCAUUGUCUCGGCGAGGAGUCCCCCGGUAUGCGUCAAAUCUCAGCCGUAAACCAUGAAAGUUGUGGAGAAAGGGCGCGCUGCUACUGCUUCCUCGCGACCGGAGAUACUAGAACGAACCCAAGUGCUGACCCCGCCCAGGCGC